CUGGGAUAGAUUGAAUAGUCCUGAAGAGAAGAAACGCCGUUUGUCCAGGUGUUAAACACACGCAGCAUGGUUUCAUAGAUAGAGUAGGAUGUGGUUGUGUUUCCUUGCUGUAGCCGAGUGGAGGUGGUGGCGGCUACGGUAGCAAAGUCGGGACUGACAGAGAGAGAGAGAGGGGAGGGGUUGUUAUUCGUCUCUCUUGCACCCCCCGUGGGUCACACGCUGAGCUUCUCUCACGGAUCUCUGCUGAAGCCGUUUCCCUUAUUUGCAGAAAUGACGGGCGUUGGGGGCCGAGGAGGUGGACAAAAGGGAGGAAAGAACAGGAGCGCUGCGCUUCUUGCCUGCGCCGGCCAAUCUUCAAGUUCCACACGCUCUGCUGAUCAAACGGGACCGAUGAGGGUAACCAGAGCGGCGUGUAAGCGACAUGCAUUGGAGGAGGCGAAAACUGGAGUUGCGGGUCAGGGUGGGACACGGAAGCGCGCCGCCUUGGCCGGACUGAGCACGAAUGUGCCGCUGACACGUGGACCAGCUUCAUCUGCUUCCACUAAGCUAAAGGGCCUUCCUUGUCAGCAGCAGCAGGCCCGUGUUGUAGAUGAGAAGUUCAAGAGUCAGUCGGUUGUGAAGGGCGAAACAACGGAGGAGGCGCUCUUGCCGACUUGCCCUGCGACGAAUGUGUUUGGCGUAUCUACUGCUGCUGCUGCUGCUCCGACAUUAGUGGUUCCUUCGUCUACAGGGCAGCAGUGUGUGCAGCACGAGACAUUCAUCCGAGCCGUCCUUGACGGUAGUGAAUUGAGAGGCUCUCAAGAACAACAGAGCUCCGCGGAAGCAGAAGAGCGAGGCUACGCCGACGGAGGAGAGGGAGCUGAAACUUGCGAAGUGAGUCGCGGCCGUGUUCUAGUGCAGGGCGAUGCUGCCGAAAUCGCGGAGUUGGAAAAGUGUACGCAGGAGAGCUUGUUCAUAUCCAACGGGCCAGAACCCAUGAUCACUGCCGGCGACGGUGACACAGGCAUCGAGGAUGGAAGUAGGAGUGAAGGCAGAGAAGAGGCAAGAACGGAGGAGAGCACGCAGAGCAGAGAACGAAGGAAAAGCGUCAAGCGGAAGGCAAAGGAAGCAGGAGUUGAUGACGAGGAGCAUGAAUAUCGGGAGAGAGUGGGCUGGGUAGAGCAGAAGUACAGUGAUAUUGAUGCAUCAGUCGCCAAUGAUCCUCAGAUGUGUGCUACGUACGUCAAUGAUAUCUACCACUUCCUUCGAGUAGCUGAGUCCAAACGGUGGGUGAGAGCCGACUUUAUGGAAACUCUGCAGCAAGACAUCAAUCCGAACAUGAGGGGGAUUCUCAUUGAUUGGCUGGUGGAGGUUGCUGAGGAGUACAAGCUCAUGUCAGAUACCCUCUAUCUGACAAUAUCAUACGUUGAUCGGUAUCUGACAUCCAACAUUGUACCACGGAGCCGAUUGCAGUUGCUUGGAGUUGCCUGUAUGCUGAUAGCUGCGAAGUAUGAGGAGAUAUACGCGCCGCAGGUUGAGGAGUUUUGCUACAUAACGGACAACACAUAUAGAAGGGAAGAGGUUCUGGAGAUGGAGAGAUCUGUCCUGAAGAACUUGCGUUUCGAAUUGACAACGCCAACCAUCAAGAGCUUUCUUCGGCGUUUUCUGAGAUCGGCCCAAGCAAAUACGAAGAUGGAAUUCCUGGGGAACUACCUGGCAGAGCUGACUCUUCUCGAUUAUAGUUUCUUGAGAUAUCUUCCAUCGAUGGUCGCAGCAUCAGCAGUCCUAAUGGCCAAGUUCACACUGGAACCUAAUCAGCGUCCCUGGGAUCAAACUCUGGCACACUACACCCACUACCAUGCUUCAGAGCUCAAGGAAUGUGUCAUGGCUAUACAUCACUGCCAGCUGAACACAAGAGGCUGCACAUUGCCAGCUAUCCGGGAAAAGUACAGCCAUCACAAGUUCAAGUGUGUUGCAACGCUGAUGCCGCCGCUUACGCUUCCAAACAGCAUCUUUGACAAUGUGUCGGAUUCUACACCGUUGUCGAAUUCGUCGAACUCCAUCUCGUGAUUGAGGAAGGCAUGCAUAGGUUUCAAACACGACUGACCCUGCAGCCUAUUUUCUGAAAUGAAUCCAUGGCUGGAAGUCCGCUCCCUCUUCUCUCCCUAUCCUGCAAGGGAUUGUGCAAAGGAUUGUACUGGGCAAGGGCUACACUGACUAACUGAUAUGAAGACACUGAUAUGUACAUUCCGAAAGACACACUGGCAAUCAUUCAUUAUGGUUGAAGAAAGUAUCCAGUCUCCUUAGUGUGGGGCUGUUGAAUAGCUCUCAUGUCAAUAGGGCUAUGGUGCCAAACUAUACUCGCGGAUGUGCUUCUAGUGCUCAAGCGCUUGGGCUGAAAUGGGUGGUCUGCAUCGCUCGGCGUGGUGCUGCACAGAUAGACUUUCUUUGCAGACAGGUGUAGCUGACAGCACCCCCUGAUGCUCUCACUUUGUGCGGUUGCCACAAAGCACAUCUGUCGGUUCAACUGGGAGCAGAUUGGUAGGGCUUUUUGACCAGAGCUUUCACAGCUGCUGGGGCAUGUUGACUGUUCAUAGGCCUUAGGGGUUGUUCAUUACACACAGGUGCUGUAUACAGUUAAGCGUCUUAUCUUGUCCUGACUCAUCCUCAAAACCUAUUGAAGAUUAUCGGGACACCUGGCAGAUCUCUUGCCACCGGCGGUUUGCUCUAGCAUGCCAACCUGUCGAUUGUCCUUGCUGCUCCUGCUAUAACCCCCUUCUAGUGUACCUGUCUCUUAUACACAUCUAGAUGUGUAUAAGAGACAGGUGUGUGUGUGUGUGUGUGUGUGUGUGUAUGUGUGUGGCUGCUAACAUGUAAACGAGUCCUCUGUGUGUGUGUGUGUGUGUGUGUGAGUGGCUGCGAACAUGUAAACGAGUCCCUGUGGCCAACAUCUCCUGCCUCAGUCCUUUCUUCCGAUUUGUAUCUCCUUUGGAGGUUUUUCCUCCCUUGGUCGUGAAUUACUGGCAUCCGAGGUCUUUGGCUGAGUUUGUGCCACGGACCAAUGAGAACGAGCAUAGCAUUGCUCUUUUAGUUUAUAGGUUCUUUGAGGAAUUUGAGUUGGAGUCACUGAGGCACAGCGAGUAUAUACAGACUACAAAAGAAUGGGGCCAGGAGGAGGCAACAAGAAGAGGGAUGGAAAAGGGAGUGUUUGAGGCACAUGGGCCAGCAGCUUGCCGUAUGUGGCAUACAAUGUAUUUUGUGACUCAGAAGAAAGAAGUAAAGGAGACUACCGGUCAUGGAUUCAGAGACGUCGGAUGGUGCCGAGAAGACUUCUGGUCAGCUGCAUGGAUCUCUAAGGGCGGCAGUGCGAGUUGAACUGACGGAUCUGCUACAUGCCGGCUAGAGCUGACCACUUGUUUGGUUUAUCUGAUCCCUCGCAUGUUACAGAGAGCCUUCUGCAUGGAGGGUCGUCUGAUAGGCCAAGCCUAUCAAAGAUUUGAUUUGAUACAAAUACAGGCUGCGUUGUAAUGUCUUCAAGUAAUUUGCAGUCUGCUGCUUGCAAGAUUUGCCGUGGAGGCCAAAUGGCAGAGAGGUAUGAACUGCUGCUGAUGUUGCGUCAUUGUGAGAAGAUGCAUACAAUUCAGCAACGGACAGUUUCCAUGUUGAACAAUGCUUCGGGGGGGCCAGGAGGGGAAGGCGAGGAGGCCAGGGGGGGGGGGGGGGGGGGGGAGGGGGGGAGAGAGAGAGAGAGAGAGAGAGAGAGAGAGAAGUUUGAGACUGCGCGUGUAGACUGGGUGAAAGGCAGCGCAUUUAGACUGGGUGGAAGGCGGCGCAUUUAGAGUGGUGAAAUGUGCAACGAAUCGGAUAUCCAGGUUGUCAGUUCCUGGUGUUGUGAAAUCACGUAUUCGUCCUGUGCUUUGUGAGCCUCCAAGAGUUUGGCCUCUUCUGUGAGUCCCCAGCUUUUUCUGCUUGACAUUGGGCAGCAGAACUCUGGGCGACCGGACAUUGGACAACGUCAUACGCAUGAUGGAGUGACCGGACUGGGCGAAGGUCGACCCUGUGCUGCGGUAUUAUGUGCCCGUGUUUGUCCGGCUUAAGGUCACCCUCGAGUAUUCCAGAUUCUUCACGCCGAUGACUUUUUGUGCUGGAAACUCACAUCACUUCUUUGUCUUCAAGCAGUUGAUGCGAGAAGGGGGUUGCUCUGUCAGUCGGGCGACGAAAGGGGAAAUGCCGGAGUGCGGGGCAGACCAGAACAAUUAUACUCUAGCUCUCGGUUGUUCUCCUUCAUUGAUUGCCCCAAACGAAGCGAUUACAUUUGCAAUGGACUAGUUUUCGGAGACGGUGAAACGGAUACGUGACAGAUAGCGCACAGAGGCGGGGGGGACAUCAGCAUUGGAGUGUCGGUGUGACCAACGAUUUCAGGUCAUCAAUGGUCAKUUAUCAAGUGGACGAGGCGUGGACGCCACCGAUGAGGACAGUCUUGAAAAUGAAGGUGGUGAGAAGGGACAUCAGCAUUGGAGUGUCGGUGUGACCAACGAUGUCAGGUCAUCAAUGGUCACUUAUCAAUUGGACGAGGCGUGGACGCCACCGAUGAGGAUACUCUCUUGAAAAUGAAGGUGGUGAGCAGGGACAUCAGCAUUGGAGUGUCAGUGUGACCAACGAUUUCAGGUCAUCAAUGGUCACUAAUCAAGUGGACGAGGCGUGGACACCACCAAUGAGGACAACUGUCUUGGAAAUGAGGGUGGUGAGACUGUCCUGUGCUCCACUUGUGAACGCUUGUCGCUUUUUUCGUCCUUUCCUGAUUCAAUAAUGGUUCCGAACCAGUUCGAUAAUCGUCAUCCCCUCCAGCGUAGGUGUCCCUACUAUAUACAUCCAUCGGUUGCUCCGAGUAGGCAAAACUCGUAGACUGUCCUUUCUUUGUAUGGUUGGGUAAUUUGGGGCGCUUUUCUGGGCUGUCAGGGAAGACCUGCUGCAAUGUUAUGCCCGGAAGUGGAUGCUGAUUUUCGCUGUUGUCGUGAUGGGUUGCUCGAUCUGGCUGCAAUGUUUUGGGGAUGCUGAGGGGCAAGGACUGCAGCAAUAAACUUGUCGGUAUACUCCUUCCCUGCAACUCUUCCCCCAAUUUGUAGGCUUGAUUUUCAGCAUUGAGCAUGGCCCCACCGCCCUCUUAUUCGGCGACGGGUAAGGUAGCGGCCACCUGAACACACUUUUAUGAAGUUUUAUCAUCCUUUUUCAACGUUUGGUGUGAAGAAAAAACACUGCAUACGUACACGUCUCACGGCUUUAGUGUGUGUCUAAAGUAGACAACGGUUGAGAGCGUAUCAGACAUGACAGGCACAUAGUCUUAGAAACGGGAUCAUGUUGCCACAGCUGAGGGGCAAAUGGUCAUAAAGAGGGGGGUGUAGCGGGGACCAACUUCAUUCCUUUGCUGAGCAGUCGAUCCUGGUCUCCCUAAUGCCUGGCAAAUGGUCAUAAAGACGGGGGUGUAGCGGGGACCGCCAGGCUCCCUUACUUUGUAUCUCGUCUGACAAACUCUCGGGAAUUGUGCUCGGCCCGUUUCUUUCUUGCCUUGGCUGCGCGGAACAUCUGGUUUUUGUUCAUGAACGGGAGGGUGCAAGCACGGCUGGCAUGUGGGGAGAACUCUCAGCCAAUAGUGAGUGUUGAGUGCGAGGGUGGGCUGAUAGAGGCAGGUCGUCUUACGCAGAGUGAUGUACCAUUGCUUGUUCUUCUGACCACGGCGAAUUUGCACUUGGAUGUGCACUUGGAUCAGGUGCGGAAUUCUCAUAUAGGUCUCGUGAAUGCACUUGGAUGCCUCAAGCUUCGUUGAGGAGGUUUCGGACUUCCUGUCUCCCUUUGGAGAAUCGAGCUAUAUCACUAAAUUGCGUGUAAGUUAAUUAAAUGAGGACUGCCUGUCUCCAAUAGCUGUGCGUUUUGACGAGUGAGGUUUCGCCUGUGUUUGCAGUGAGAUGUUGGGUUCCGCCUUCAUUGCUACUGGUGCAUAUGCUCCAGUGCUUAGGGUCCGAGUCCCCUCGAAUGGUUUAUUAUUGCAUGGGUCUUUUUAGCAUUGGCUACGCGCUGACGACCGGGAUCUGGGAGCGACAUCCGUCCACACUCAGGUGUGCGCACGUCUCAGAAGUUUUUCAGUAAGCAACUGCCGUUUCCACCUCCCUUCUCCAGUUGCGCUCUUUUAUACUGAACCCCUUGCGCCCUUGCUUGGGCUUUUUUGAAAUAUUCUCUACGAGUGGCACAUAUGCUCUGUUAUGUUAACUAUUUCUCAGGGAUUAUCUUUGAGAUAAUGCCUUUCUUAUUGUGUUCGCAUCUCUGUGUGAUGACUUUUUGGGCGUGAUCCGCAAUUAAUUCUUUUCGUUUUGAUAUAUUUGACAACCCAUAAAACCAUACAGGUUGUUGGAAGAUAACCAUCAGCUAACCAGAUGCCUACCUGCCUGCCCGCCUGCCUGUCUGCCUGCCUGCCUGCCUGCCUGCAGUUGAUCUCGAGCCCUUUCCCACUGGCCAAUGAGUUAGCAGAGGGACAGAAACACCUCUGUGAUUCCUUUCAUAUGGGACGGAACGGACCCAUCUCAUACAUGGUGGUGGGGCUUAAAUUGCCGCUUAAUACACCACCAUGGGGGUAAGAGACAUUAACUUGUGGGUAACAACAUC